UCUCUCUCUCUCUCUCUCUCUCUCUCUCUCUCUCUCUCUCUCUCUCCAGUCCAGUUACUGUCAGAACCCCUAAUAGCCAUGGGAGAUUCUCGCCGGAUUUCUGUCCAUCACGCUCUUGGCGGUGGUUCAGUUGCUGAUGUUUUGUUGUGGAAGAAAUGGUAUGGAAGCAGUGUUGUGCUAGUCUCUGCCACCGCCUUGUGGUUCCUCUUUGAACGAGCCGGAUAUAACCUUUUGUCAUUCAUUGCCAAUGUUCUACUACUUCUUGUUGUAAUCCUUUUCUUCUGGGCUAAAUCUGCAUCACUUCUCAAUAGACCUUUGCCUCCUCUCCCUGAUCUGGAGAUUUCCGAGGAAUCUGUUUUGAAGACUGCUGAUGUAAUGCAAGUGUGGAUCAAUGAUGCAUUGUCUGUUGCACGCGAUAUUGCUAUUGGUGGAAAUUUGAAAGUUUUUCUUAAGGUUGCUUUUGGCUCGUGGGUGAUUUCUUGCAUUGGUAGUUUCUUCAACUUCCUUACUCUGGUCUAUAUCGGGGUUCUUCUCAGCCUAUCAGUACCUCUUUUCUAUGACAAGUACCAGGAUCCAAUUGAUGAAAAGCUGAUCAUACUACAGAAAAAUGUUCAAGCACAGUACACAAAAAUUGAUGAUAUCAUCUUAAGCAAGAUAUCAAAGCCUCUUAACAAGGAAAAGAAGACUCAGUAGGCCUAGGAUUCUUCUUUCUGGAUGCUUACCAUGUACAUCAACUAUCAUCAGUAUUGAGAACCACCAUGAUUAACUGCAGAUUGCUCUGAGGUUUUGGGAUAAUGCUAUUUUUUCGUUGUUCAUUUUAUUGACAUUAUUCUUGAUAGAUUUCGGUCAGUGCAUGCCCUCGUGCCUAUGCUUACGGUUUCUUCCACUGCAUGAAGAAAAGUACCCUCAUGGUGGACUUGGUUUUGGUAAUGGAACUCAAAGUUAUAAAUUUGAUGGAUGUGACAUCUGGUUAUUUUGAAGCAGUUCUUUGUGAUUUAGUCUUGUGAAUAUGGAAGAUAGCAGCAUAUUCACCGUUGAAGCCUUAAGUUGUGAUUUUGUGGCUUUAUAGAGACAACAACUCGACUUUAUGGCUUUUGAAUUAUACGAUGCCGUGUGCUUUUGAAAAACUUUGUUUUUUCGGUGAUCUGAGCAUAAGUCUUCUAAAAUCCUCCUUAGCAUCAGUAUGAAUUGUAUCCUACAGCCUUACCUCCACAUAAAAGUAAAAGUGUGUAUAUCUAACUCUCUCUUUAGACUCUAAUGCAGGGCUUGUGAAAGCUCAACAUGGUUUGAUAUGGGAAGAAGGAAAGGACCAGAUCAGCUAGGCAACCGGAAAUGCCUGUUCUUCUCUACUCUCUGCAAAAAUUUCUCUUUUUACCCCUUGAAAGUGCAAUUAAUUUCCUUUCUGAAAUUCUACAAAAAGCAAUGAGCAGUGGAAGCCAAUUAAGCACAGAAUUGUUUAGGACAUGUUUAGCACACGGGCCACAAAUAA